GGGAAGCGGGGCGGCAGCCGCGGGGGCCGCGGGCUGGCGCGGGCCGGGCCGCCGCCGCCGCCAUGGUGAAGAGGAAAAGCUCCGAGGGCCCGGAGCAGGAAGGCGGCCGCGGCGUCCCUCUGCCCAUCCAGACCUUCCUGUGGCGGCAAACCAGUGCAUUUUUGAGGCCCAAACUUGGAAAACAGUAUGAAGCUUCCUGCGUGUCUUUCGAACGAGUUUUAGUAGAGAACAAGCUGCAUGGUCUUUCUCCAGCCCUCUCUGAAGCCAUCCAGAGCAUUUCUCGUUGGGAACUGGUUCAAGCUGCCUUACCACAUGUACUCCAUUGCACAGCGACCUUGCUUUCUAACCGAAACAAGCUAGGACAUCAGGACAAGCUUGGAGUAGCAGAGACUAAGCUUCUUCACACCCUCCACUGGAUGCUACUGGAGGCUCCUCAAGACUGCAGCAAUGACCGGUUUGGAGGAGAGAGAGGCUCCAGCUGGGGAGGGAGCAGUAGCGCCUUUAUUCAUCAGGUUGAAAACCAGGGAUCUCCAGGACACCCUCGGCGUGGCAGCACUAAUGAAGAGGAAGAGAAUAACCGAAGGAAGUUCUUUCAGAAUUCCAUGGCAACAGUGGAGCUCUUUGUGUUCCUGUUUGCUCCUCUGGUCCACAGGAUUAAAGAGUCUGACCUGACUUUUCGGCUGGCCAGUGGCCUUGUUAUUUGGCAGCCCAUGUGGGAGCACAGGCAGCCUGAGGUUUCUGCUUUCACCGCUCUGGUAAAGCCAAUCAGGAACAUUAUUACAGCCAAGAGAAGUUCUCCUACUAGCAAUCAGAGCCUGGCUUGUGAAUCCCCUAAUCUGGACACUGGACACACAGAGGGACUUCAGGUGGUGUGUGAAACAGCCCAGCCAGAUGCUGUGCCUCCCAGGGCCACUGUUUCAGGCUGUCAUCGGGGAAACUCCUUUGAUGGAAGUGUGUCAUCCCAAACAUCCCAAGACAGAGGACCUCCGCUUUCCAGGGUAUCAUUGGUGAUCCCACCUUGCCAAAAGUCUCGCUAUGCCACCUAUUUUGAUGUGGCAGUACUGCGCUGCCUGCUGCAGGCACACUGGUCUGAGGAGGGUACACAGUGGUCUCUGAUGUAUUAUCUACAAAGACUGAGACAUAUGCUGGAGGAGAAGCCAGAGAAGCCACCUGAGCCAGAGACCAUGCACCUGCCCAGGCCCCGCAGCAGUUCCAUGGUAGCAGCAGCACCCUCUCUGGUGAACACCCACAAAACUCAGGAUCUCACAAUGAAGUGCAAUGAGGAGGAAAAAUCACUAAGCACUGAGGCCUUUGCUAAGGUGUCACUCACCAACCUGCGCAGGCUAGCUGUGCCAGAUCUCUCCACAGACCUGGGAAUGAACAUCUUUAAGAAGUUUAAGAGUCGCAAAGAGGAUCGAGAGCGUGAGCGCAAGGGUUCUAUUCCUUUCCACCACACUGGGAAAAAACGGCAGCGAAGGAUGGGAGUGCCCUUUCUGCUCCACGAGGAUCAUUUGGAUGUGUCACCCACUCGCAGCACAUUCUCCUUUGGCAGCUUUUCUGGGAUUGGAGAGGACCGGCGCAGCAUUGAGAGAGGAGGAUGGCAAACUGCCAUACUAGGGAAGUUCACCAGACGGGGGAGCUCUGACACCGCUACGGAGAUGGAGAGCCUGAGUGCUAGACAUUCUCACUCUCAUCACACCCUGGUCACUGACUUGCCUGACCACUCAAACAGCCACGCAGAGAAUACGGUCAAAGAAGUGCGAUCCCAGAUUUCUACCAUCACUGUGGCCACCUUCAACACCACCCUGGCCUCAUUCAACGUGGGCUACGCGGACUUCUUCAGCGAGCACAUGCGGAAGCUGUGCAACCAGGUGCCCAUUCCAGAGAUGCCCCAUGAGCCGCUGGCCUGUGCCAAUCUCCCACGGAGCUUGACUGACUCCUGCAUCAAUUACAGCUGCCUGGAGGACACGGAUCACAUUGAUGGCACCAACAACUUCGUCCACAAGAACGGCAUGCUGGAUCUUUCGGUGGUUCUGAAGGCCGUUUACUUGGUCCUGAACCAUGACAUCAGCUCCCGGAUCUGUGAUGUGGCGUUGAACAUCGUCGAGUGCCUGCUGCAGCUUGGUGUGGUGCCAUGCGUGGAGAAAGUCAGAAGGAAGAGCGAGAACAAGGAAAAUGAAUCAGCAGAAAAGAGGCCGAGUGAGGGAUCCUUCCAGCUCAAGGGGGCUGCUUCGGGCGGCCCGGCCUGUGGAUUCGGGGGCCCCCCAGUCAGUGGAACUGGAGAUGGGGGAGGCGAAGAAGGUGGAGGGGGAGGAAGUGGUGGAGGAGGAGGUGGCGGAGCUGAUGGAGGUGGCGGAGGAGGAGGUGGAGGACCUUAUGAAAAGAAUGAUAAAAAUCAAGAAAAGGAUGAAAGCACUCCCAUAAGCACCCACAGGCUGGCACUGACGAUGCUGAUCAAAAUAGUGAAAUCCCUGGGCUGUGCUUAUGGCUGCGGAGAAGGACACCGAGGGCUCUCUGGAGAUCGUCUGAGACACCAGGUAUUCCAGGAGAAUGCUCAGAAUUGCCUUACAAAGCUGUACAAGCUGGAUAAAAUGCAGUUCCGGCAGACCAUGAGGGACUAUGUGAACAGGGAUUCCCUCAAUAAUGUAGUGGAUUUCCUUCACGCUUUGCUAGGAUUCUGCAUGGAGCCGGUCACUGACAACAAGGCUGGAUUUGGAAAUAACUUCACCACAGUGGACAACAAGUCUACAGCCCAAAGUGUGGAAGGUAUUAUUGUCGGCGCCAUGUUCAAGUCACUGAUCACUCGCUGCGCUUCCACUACGCAUGAACUGCAUAGCCCUGAAAACCUGGGAUUGUACUGUGACAUCCGGCAAUUGGUCCAGUUUAUCAAGGAGGCUCAUGGGAAUGUUUUUAGAAGGGUGGCACUGAGUGCCCUUUUGGACAGUGCUGAAAAGUUAAUUCCGGGGAAGAAAACAGACGAAACAACCGAGCAGGAUCUGAAACCCCCGGGGAGCAAAAAAUCCGAGGUGGGAAGUGUUGUUAUUGAUAAAGGCCAGGCAUCAUCUGCCCCUGAUGAAUGUCGUAGUUACAUCUCCAGCCGUCCUCAGCAGACCCCAGAGCACGAUGAGCAAAUGCAAGGGGCGGUUCUGGGACGCAAAGACUUCUGGCGAAAGAUGUUCAAGUCGCAGAGUGCAGCAAGUGAUACCAGCAGCCAGUCAGAGCAGGACACGUCGGAGUGCACCACUGCUCACUCUGGAACGACCACUGACAGGCGCUCUCGCUCCCGCUCCCGACGGAUCUCGCUCCGAAAGAAACUCAAACUCCCCAUAGGGAACUGGCUGAAACGCUCUUCCCUCUCUGGGCUGGCCGACGGGGUGGAAGACCUCCUGGAUAUCAGCUCUGUAGACCGUCUGUCUUUCAUCAGGCAAAGUUCCAAGGUGAAAUUCACUAGUGCAGUGAAGCUGUCCGAAGGUGGACCAGGAAGUGGCCUGGAGAAUGGGCGAGAUGAAGAGGAGAAUUUCUUCAAGCGUCUUGGUUGCCACAGUUUUGAUGAUCAUUUGACCUCCAACCAGGAAGGUGGGAAAUCCAAGAACGUAGUGAACCUGGGAGCAAUCAGACAAGGCAUGAAACGCUUUCAGUUUCUCUUAAACUGCUGUGAUCCAGGCACUAUCCCCGAUGCCUCCAUCCUGGCAGCUGCCCUCGAUCUUGAAGCUCCCGUAGUGGCGAGAGCAGCCCUGUUUCUCGAAUGUGCUCGCUUCGUUCACCGCUGCAAUCGCGGCAACUGGCCAGAGUGGAUGAAGGGGCACCAUGUGAACAUCACUAAGAAAGGCCUAUCCCGUGGCCGUUCUCCGAUAGUGGGGAACAAACGGAACCAGAAGUUGCAAUGGAAUGCAGCCAAACUCUUCUACCAGUGGGGAGAUGCAAUUGGCAUCCGACUCAACGAGCUGUGCCACAGUGAGAGUGAGAGCCCGGCCAACCUGCUGGGCCUCAUUUAUGAUGAGGAGGCCAAGCGGAGACUGAGAAAGGAGGAUGAGGAGGAAGACUUUUUAGAUGACAGCACUGUGAACCCUACCAAAUGUUGUUGCCCUUUUGCCCUGAAGAUGGCAGCAUGCCAGCUUCUCUUGGAGAUCACCACCUUCCUUCGAGAGACCUUUCCCUACAUGCCCAGGCCUCGUACUGAGCCUCUCGUGGACCUGGAGAGCUGCAGGUUGCGUCUGGACCCUGAGCUGGACAGGCACAGGUAUGAGAGGAAGAUCAGCUUUGCUGGGAUUCUGGAUGAAAAUGAAGAUUCAAAAGACUCCCUGCAUAGCAGCAGCCACACGCUCAAAUCUGACACUGGCUGUGAAGAGAAGAAAGUUCCCAGCAGGAAGAUCAGGAUAGGAGGCUCCCGCUUGCUCCAGAUUAAAGGAACCCGCAGUUUCCGGGUGAAGAAGGGGGGUUCCCUGUCCAGCAUUCGCCGGGCCGGCAGCCUAAAGAGCACCAAGUUAUCACGGCAGGACUCAGAGUCUGAGAAUGAGGAGCUGCAGCUGUCCCACAGCAGGGACACUGUCACUGACAUAGAAGGGAGCCCUUGGAGUGCAAGUGAGCCCAGCAUUGAGCCUGAAGUGCUGAGUAACACAGGCACGGAGGAGAAUUACCAUCGGAACAUGUCGUGGCUUCAUGUCAUGAUCCUUCUGUGCAACCAGCAGAGUUUCAUAUGUACCCACAUUGAUUACUGCCACCCGCACUGCUACCUCCACCACAGCCGCUCGUGUGCUCGCCUGGUCCGAGCCAUCAAACUGCUGUACGGCGACACCGUGGACUCGCUCCGAGAAAACAAUGUGCUGAACAAUGUGGCAAGAGGCAAAAAGCAGAAGGAGUGCUCGGACAAAUCAUGCCUGAGAACUCCAUCUCUGAAGAAGAGAGUAAUGGAUAUCAACUUGGAAGGAAAGAAGGACUCUGGAAUGUUGAAAUACAUCAGACACCAGGUAAUGAGCCUGUCCCCAGCGCCUUUGUCACUGUUAAUCAAGGCAGCUCCUAUCCUCACAGAGGAGAUGUAUGGGGACAUUCAGCCCGCAGCAUGGGAGCUGCUGCUCAGCGUGGAUGAGCACAUGGCUGGAGCAGCAGCUGCCAUGUUCCUGCUGUGUGCUGUGAAAGUGCCCGAGGCUGUUUCUGAUAUGCUGAUGUCCGAAUUUCAUCACCCUGAAACAGUGCAAAGACUGAACGCUGUUCUCAAGUUCCAUACCCUCUGGAGAUUUCGGUAUCAAGUCUGGCCUCGGAUGGAGGAGGGCGCUCAGCAGAUCUUUAAGAUUCCUCCUCCAAGUAUAAACUUCACUCUGCCCUCUCCAGUACUGGGAAUGCCCUCUGUGCCAAUGUUUGACCCCCCGUGGGUUCCACAGUGCAGUGGGAGCGUGCAGGACCCAAUUAAUGAGGACCAGUCUAAGUCAUUUUCAGCCCGGGCAGUGUCACGUUCCCAUCAGCGAGCAGAGCACAUCCUGAAGAACCUGCAGCAGGAGGAAGAAAAGAAGCGCCUAGGCCGGGAAGCCAGUCUUAUCACGGCCAUUCCCAUCACCCAGGAGGCCUGCUAUGAGCCCACCUGCACCCCAAACUCAGAGCAAGAAGAAGAAGUAGAAGAAGUCACCAACUUGGCAUCCCGCCGCCUCUCUGUGAGUCCCUCCUGCACCUCCAGUACUUCUCACAGGAACUAUUCCUUCCGUCGUGGCUCUGUCUGGUCAGUGCGUUCAGCCGUCAGUGCAGAAGAUGAGGAGCACACUACGGAGCACACGCCAAACCAUCAUGUGCCGCAGCCCCCGCAGGCAGUGUUCCCAGCAUGCAUCUGUGCAGCUGUGCUCCCCAUUGUUCACUUGAUGGAAGAUGGAGAAGUCCGAGAGGAUGGAGUAGCAGUGAGUGCUGUGGCGCAGCAGGUCUUAUGGAACUGUUUGAUUGAAGAUCCCUCUACAGUUCUACGGCAUUUCCUGGAGAAACUCACAAUAAGCAACCGACAGGAUGAGUUGAUGUACAUGCUGAGGAAGCUCCUACUGAACAUCGGAGACUUCCCUGCCCAGACGUCUCACAUCCUGUUUAACUACUUGGUGGGAUUGAUCAUGUACUUUGUGCGUACUCCGUGUGAAUGGGGCAUGGACGCCAUUUCAGCUACGCUGACCUUCCUGUGGGAAGUGGUGGGUUAUGUAGAGGGCCUUUUCUUCAAGGAUCUCAAACAGACUAUGAAGAAGGAGCAGUGUGAAGUAAAACUGCUGGUGACUGCCUCAAUGCCAGGCACAAAGACCCUGGUAGUGCAUGGACAGAACGAGUGUGACAUCCCAACCCAGUUACCAGUGCAUGAGGACACACAAUUUGAAGCUCUUCUGAAGGAGUGCUUGGAGUUUUUUAACAUACCUGAAACCCAGUCUGCUCAUUAUUUUUUAAUGGAUAAACGAUGGAACCUUAUUCAUUACAACAAGACCUACGUCCGGGAUAUUUAUCCUUUCCGGAGGUCAGUGUCUCCACAGCUCAAUCUGGUACACAUGCAUCCAGAAAAGGGUCAGGAACUCAUUCAGAAACAGGUGUUCACCCGCAAGCUGGAGGAGGUAGGACGGGUGCUGUUCCUCAUAUCACUGACCCAGAAAAUCCCUGUGGCCCACAAACAAUCCCAUGUGUCUAUGCUCCAAGAGGACCUUCUCCGCCUGCCUUCCUUCCCUCGGAGUGCCAUUGAUGCAGAAUUCUCCCUCUUCAGUGAUCCUCAAGCUGGGAAGGAACUCUUUGGCCUUGAUACCCUUCAGAAAAGCCUGUGGAUUAAGCUCCUGGAGGAGAUGUUCCUGGGCAUGCCCAGUGAAUUUCCCUGGGGGGACGAGAUCAUGCUGUUCCUAAAUGUCUUCAAUGGAGCCCUGAUCCUGCACCCAGAGGACAGUGCCUUGCUGAGGCAGUACGCUGCCACAGUCAUCAACACUGCUGUGCACUUCAACCAUCUCUUCUCUCUCAGUGGGUACCAGUGGAUCCUCCCCACCAUGCUGCAGGUGUAUGCUGACUAUGAAAGCAACCCACAGUUACGCCAAGCGAUUGAGUUUGCCUGCCGCCAGUUCUACAUUCUGCAUCGCAAGCCCUUUGUUCUGCAACUGUUUGCCAGCGUGGCUCCUCUGCUCGAGUUCCCUGAUGCUACAAACAAUGGACCCAGCAAAGGAGUGUCAGCUCAGUGCCUGUUUGACCUGCUGCAGUCCCUAGAGGGAGAUACACCUGACAUUUUGGACAUCCUAGAGCUGGUGAAAGCAGAAAAGCCUCUCAAAUCAUUAGAUUUCUGCUAUGGGAAUGAGGAUCUGACCUUUUCUAUCAGUGAAGCCAUCAAGCUGUGUGUAACUGUGGUGGCAUAUGCUCCUGAAUCAUUUAGAAGCCUCCAGAUGCUGAUGGUCCUGGAAGCCCUGGUUCCCUGUUACCUGCAGAAACUGAAGAGGCAGACCUCACAAGUGGAGACGGUGCCAGCUGCUCGCGAGGAGAUUGCUGCUACUGCUGCUCUUGCCACUUCCCUGCAGGCCCUCUUGUAUAGCGUGGAAGUUCUCACCAGGCCCAUGACUGCCCCUCAAAUGAGCAGGUGUGACCAAGGCCAUAAAGGAGCCACGACAGCCAACCACACCAUGUCAGCUGGGGUGAAUACGAGGUACCCGGAUCAAGGAGCCAAACUGCUCUUUAUCAGGGAAAACCUUCACUUGCUGGAGGAAGGCCAGGGUCUCCCCCGGGAGGAGCUGGACGAGCGAAUUGCUAGGGAGGAGUUCAGGAGGCCCAGGGAGUCCCUACUGAAUAUCUGCACUGAGUUCUAUAAGCACUGUGGCCCUAGGCUGAAGAUAUUGCAGAACCUGGCUGGAGAGCCCAGGGUGACUUCCCUGGAGCUGCUGGAUGUUAAGUCUCACAUGAGGUUGGCAGAAAUUGCACAUUCCCUUCUGAAGCUGGCACCUUAUGACACCCAGACGAUGGAAAGCCGCGGGCUCCGGCGCUACAUCAUGGAGAUGCUGCCCAUCACCGACUGGACAGCCGAGGCCGUGAGACCUGCCCUUAUCCUCAUCUUAAAGCGAUUGGAUCGUAUGUUCAAUAAAAUUCACAAGAUGCCUACUUUGAGGCGACAGGUUGAGUGGGAGCCUGCCAGCAAUUUGAUUGAAGGGGUUUGUUUGACACUUCAGAGGCAGCCAGUCAUAUCCUUCCUGCCUCACCUUAGGUCACUGAUCAAUGUCUGUGUCAAUCUGGUGAUGGGAGUAGUAGGACCUUCCAGUGUUGCUGAUGGAUUACCCCUUCUUCAUCUCAGCCCUUAUCUCUCGCCACCUCUGCCCUUCAGCACAGCUGUUGUCCGGCUUGUAGCAUUGCAGAUACAGGCUUUGAAAGAAGAUUUUCCCUUAAGCCAUGUGAUCUCCCCAUUCACCAAUCAGGAGAGAAGAGAAGGAAUGCUUUUAAACCUACUGAUUCCAUUUGUGCUCACAGUAGGAUCUGGAAGCAAAGACAGUCCCUGGCUGGAGCAGCCUGAAGUCCUUUUGCUGCUUCAGACUGUUAUUAACAUCCUCCUGCCACCUCGGAUCAUCAGCACUUCCCGCAGCAAGAACUUCAUGAUGGAGAGCUCCCCUGCGCACUGCUCCACCCCAGGGGAUGCUGGGAAGGACCUGCGCAGGGAAGGGCUCGCAGAGUCCACCAGCCAAGCGGCUUACUUGGCCCUGAAGGUGAUCCUCGUGUGCUUUGAGCGCCAACUUGGCAGCCAGUGGUACUGGCUGAGCCUGCAAGUCAAAGAGAUGGCCCUGCGCAAGGUGGGAGGGCUAGCCCUCUGGGACUUCCUGGAUUUUAUUGUUCGCACCCGGAUCCCUAUCUUUGUGCUUCUUCGGCCCUUCAUUCAGUGCAAGCUGCUGGCCCAACCCGCAGAGAAUCACGAGGAGAUGACUGCCCGACAACAUAUCGCUGACCAGCUAGAGAGGCGCUUCAUACCACGCCCUCUGUGCAAGAGCUCCCUCAUCACAGAAUUCAACAGCGAGCUCAAGAUCCUGAAGGAGGCAGUGCACAGUGGGUCAGCCUACCAAGGGAAGACCUCCAUCAGCACCGUGGGCACUUCCACCUCUGCAUACCGCCUCAGCCUCGCUACCAUGUCCCGCUCCAACACAGGCACCGGCACUGUCUGGGAGCAGGACAGCGAGCCUUCCCAUCAGGCUUCGCAGGACACUCUGAGCCGCACGGAUGAGGAGGAUGAAGAAAAUGACUCAGUGAGCAUGCCCAGUGUGGUAAGUGAACAGGAAGCCUACCUUAUGGGUGCCAUUGGGAGGCGGCGGUUCUCCAGCCAUAUCUCCAGCAUGUCUGCACCUCAGGCUGAGGUGGGCAUGUUACCCAGCCAAAGUGAACCUAAUGUCCUCGAUGACUCCCAGGGCCUGGCCGCUGAGGGCAGCCUCUCUAGGGUAGCAAGCGUGCAGAGUGAACCUGGACAACAGAAUCUUCUUCUUCAGCAACCACUAGGAAGGAAGAGAGGCCUCCGGCAGCUACGAAGACCUCUUCUCUCACGUCAGAAGACCCAAACUGAACCUCGUAGCCGUCACGGGGCUCGACUUUCAACUACUCGUCGAAGUAUACAGCCAAAAACAAAACCAAGUGUGGAUCAAAAGCGAUCAGUGACUUUCACUGAAACUCAGCCAGAGGCAACAACAUCUUUAGCAACAGAUGCCACACCGGUCCCAGCCCUGCAACCUAGCUGCAGCAGGAGCAGCACUGCAGAAGUCAGCAAGCCGGAAGCUGUGAAUAAACCUGUGCUGACCUCCUCACCUGCCACUGUUGUCGCUGAUCUCCAUAGCCAAACCACCAGCCAGAGUGAGGCACUUCCCACUGAGAAGGCAAAAGAAACAGAGGAGGAUUUGGAGUCCCGGCCAGCACAAGCACAUAGUACCCCACCCAGACAGCUCUCUGAUACGGAGGACUUUGCAGGCCUCGAGACAACCAGCUUACUGCAACAUGGAGACACUGUCCUUCACAUCAGCGAGGACAAUGGGAUGGAGAAUCCCCUCCUUACCAGCCACUUCAGCUUCACGCAUGUUGAGCUUGGUGAGACUGAUGUUGACUUAGAUGAGUCCCAUGUUUAAAUGUCGGGGAACUGCAUUAGCAUGGGAGGAGAGAGAAUGUAGAGUCUUGGUAGAGAAACUGUAUCUUCUCUAUAGAGUUUCUUGACAACUAUUGAUGAACUAAUCAGAAAGAGCACUUUAUAGCCAGCAAGGGAAAACAUCUAACAACCUAUUUGAUAUAGAUUGGCAAAUAUGUUUGAGAAAACAAGCUAAGCCUUUCUGGCAAAUCUAAUUUGGUUCAGGGCAGACUGCAAAGACCAGAAGAGAAUUCUAAAAAAUUCUGCAGCCACAUAUCUGUUUCGCAAAAUCUUGAUCUGCCAGGAAUUUACCGCAGUCUGCAGCUGCUCUAGUAAAAUGCAUUAGUUUAACAUAGUAGACUGAAAAAACCCAACCUUUUUGAGGUUAGCCACUUUAACACUGCCCCCCCACAAAGUUUAUUUUUGUAAUUUCAGAAGGGUUAUGUAGUAUCUGAAUCAAAGACUCGCAUGACUGAAUAUUGACAGUCAAAAUGCUGACAAUGAAUAUCGAACUAAAGAUUGUUUUAAAUAAACAGGCCUCUGACUGUGUUUUCUAAUCCCCAUAGCAAUGGCACAUACCAUUGAAUGAUUAGAAAGGUAUUUUUUGGCACUGCAGACUUUAGCAGUGUUUACUUUUGUCCGCUGGUUUCAUUGCACUCUGUAAGAUAGUACCCUAGUGCUAGAAAAAUAGUCAUUCUGUGUAAAACUGAAUACACUACAUACUACAGGAAAGAAUGCACAUGCUGUGCUCAAGGGGAGUAGUCUGUAAAUGACAUAAAUGGUACUAUCUAUCCUGCUUAAAUAUAUUAAGCAAUUUAUGUAAAAAACACAGCUAGAAUGUGUGGACUUUCUAGUACAGGGCAACAACUUAAUUGAUGCAAAUAUCUACUCUGUAUGCACUUGGAAAUGUAUAUUUUAAGUAACGUAUAUAAUCCAUAUUUUCACAUUCCUGUAAACUAGGAAUGGAUAUUGCAGAGAAUAAACCUGAUGAAAGAAUAUAUUUUCUGCACACUGAGAUUGUAUUUAAAAAGGCGCCAUUCUAUGUGGAUAUAUGAAUAUGCACUAAUUAUGACUCUGCAUGUGUAGAUAUAAAUGCGUAAUAUUUAUAUGUAUAUCAUGUCCCCUUUGGGAAUUGACUGAAGUCGUGGGUGAGUUACGAUCUGUGCUUCAGGAUCAUGGGAUUAAAUUGAAACAGGACUUUAGUCAUUGACGUAUGGGAAAGGUGCAGAAUAGCUGUGAGGCAUACUGUGAAGUUGCAAGCAACGUCCAUAUUUACGAGUGUGUUUGUGUAUUCACAUAAGAUAUUUUCAACUAACCUUGGUAGAAUGAGAUAUUAGACCUUAUAAUUAUGGCAUUAUUAUGCAUAGAAAAGUUAUUUUUGAUCACUUUUAAAGCCUUCUAAAAUGUAUUAUUUACGAUCUUUUUGACCUUUCAAUCUGGACUCAUGGUAUUAAGACAACAUGAUUGUAGAGUUAAAAUGAUAUGACCAAAAACAAAACAAAACCCACACCAAGCAAACAACACCCAAGAACACCACUAUAUUUUUUUAAAUAACUAUUUUUUUCUAAAAUCAUUUUUCUGUAAAACACUGGCAUACACAGCCUAUAUGCUGGUCUGGUGCAGUAUUACAAGUUUUAUUGGCAUUAAUUUAGGAUCAACUCCAGAGCUGACUGGUGGCUUUGGUAAUUUCAACCAUCAAACCUUUAUACUUCACCAUCAGGUAUCUUCUACAUAUACAUAUGAGUCAAUAGGAGCCCUGUGUGUGUACAUCAGAGUACAGAAAUGGGUCCUAUAUAUUAUUCUCUCUCUCUCUCUCUCUCUCUCACACACACACACACACACACACACACACACACACACACACACACACACACACACACACACACACGUAAAACGGACACCUUAGCAACAACAAAAUGUAUUCUUUUCUCAAGCUUGUCUAUCUAGGCCCCAGUCCAGAGGUGCUGAGCACCCUCUACUACUGUUGCCUUCAUUGAGAGUUAAAGGCACUUUGCACCUCAUAGGAAGCGCUAGUCACCUUGCGAGAUUAAGCCCUUGCUGUACAGUGGGCAAUCUUAAAGUGGUUUGUGGUCAAAAAAGUGUCUAUGUAAAAAUGGCACCUUGCUCAGCACAGAUCAUGGGUAUUCUGAAUGACAGCUGCUUAUAUCGCUGACUUAAAUAUAUGUGACUACUUCUUACAUCUCUCAGCACUACAGAGCCUGCACUGGAUUCUUUCCUAGUGUUGGCAUCAUCAAAAGAAUUAAUUACGUCCUGCAUGUGGAAUUGCUAUUAUUAACGAUGACUCACAAAUCAGAAAGAACACCGCUUCGCUUUCAGACCCCAGUUUGGGUUAACUGGCAGUUGGAGGGGGGAAUAUUUUACUCAUAAACGAAGUAAAUUUCAUAUAGAAAUGACUGGGAGGAAAUAAACAUGAAACCCCAUGUUGAAUUUUGUAGUCACUUUUUCACUGAUAAUAUACUUUAAAAGGAAGCAUUUACAUUAAUGUGAGAUAGAUGCCUGCCAUGAUAUUCUAAUCUAAUUAUAGAAAAAUAACUGUGAUUUACUACAAUAAAUUCAAUAUUUGUGAUAAAUGUUUCCAUUAAGAUUGCCCACUGUUACAAGCUGAAUCCAUCUUAGCAAGCCAUAGCAAGGACUAAAAAUGCCUCUUUUUGAAGUCCACCCUCCAACCAAACAAGUGCAGUGUAUAAAUGAAGAUUACAUUAUUCAGGUGGCCCAGGAGAGGGCUAUACUUUCAUUAGGUAGUUAUUAAGACAGGCUGAUUGGUCUGUGUACUUAUAAAUUUUACUUUCAUAUUGGUUGCACUUAAUAUUGUACUAAUAAGGUGCAUAAACAUGUUAUUUAGCAGAGUUUGUGCAUUUUUCCAGUAUCUCUAUAAAGUGACUGGUAUAUUUCUGCUGUGAAGGAAAAUUAUGCUGCUUAAUUAGUGUUAGAGGCCUUAAGUGCAUGUCAAACGUCUGGCCCUUACAAAUGUCUGUCAGUGUUUGGUUCUGUUGUGUUGCCUCAAAGUUUUAAACUAAUUUGCAGUUGUCAAAAGGAUUAAAGAUAGAAAAGUCUGUUCACACUGAUCAUGUUCAACAAAUAGUAAUUAAAAGACAAGGCUCUGUUUAAUCCUAUUGUACAACAUUAGACAAGUCUCCCUUUUUAAAAAGCACUAUUAUCCUGCUAUAUGAGAUUACUUUGCUCUGUUGCCAACAAAGUUUGUUAUAAUUUAAUAUGUUUAUCUGUCAUCUUUUAAUAUGUGCCUCGCUAGAAUUUGCCAUACAUCCCUUUUAGAAAGGGGGGAUAAUUGUACUGGGAACUUUCGGUGUGAUCCACUUGUUGUGUACAUUUGUGUCCUCUUAAUAUGACCUUAACUGUGCUUAAUGUCUAGGUGUAUUUAUAUGUACAUGUAUGUGCAUAAGAAUGUCACAGGAUGUAUUUGAAAUAAUACUAUUGCCUAGAUUUUUGAAGGAAAGAUAAUUAUGUUCCAGAAGGAAAACAUGAUGUAGGUUUGAAACUGAUCUUAUCAAUUUGUUUGGAAGUUCAAAAAACAUCAAAACUAGAAUCUCUUGUUGAGUUGAAACCCUAAAACCAAGUAUAAGAUUAUAAAUGGUGUAGUUCCCUCCCAAUCUCCAAAUAAGGGUAUUAUCUUUGAAAUUUGAACAAAACUUAAGCUUUAACAAAGUGUUUUUUGACUUCCCAUUACCAAAGAAAUGUUUAGAGGGAAAGAAACAAAAUAUCGGAGAAGAAACCAAUUACAAUAGACCAACCUUCACAACCAAGUGGAUAUGUGAUUUAAAAUAUUAUCUCAGGGCAGUUAAGUAGGAUAUUACCUUCUCAUUUGCAUUUUCUGUUGUAUUGGGAAGUAGUUAAGUCUUUCUCUGAAAGGAAGGCACUCUUGCUGUCCCAAACAGAGAAUAGAGUUUAUUUGAAGCAAGUGAGAUUUGAGGGCUUAAGGCAAAUUCCUUACAUAGAACUGGAUAAAAACAUGUCAAAUUAUAUAAUUUCCCCACAUUACAACUGUGUAAUUCAUUUUCAGAAUCAAUGCAACUGGAGAACAAAAAUCCCCAUUAGUAAAAAUGAAAGCCCUUUAAAAAUAAUUUGAAGGAUUACAGACCCAAAAUCUUAUAGAUCUAAAAUGAGAAAACCAUCUACUGUACUUCCCAAAAGUACCUAAUAGUAAAGUCUGUGAUGUGUACCAAGUGACCAAAGACCAGGGAUAAAAUACAAAUAAUAGAGAUGUCUGAAUUAUGUUUAUGAAAGAGAUUAUAAGAGUUUAAUGUUUGAAUAUGCACAAAUAAUAAAAUAUAUCACAAAUA